AUGACCAAAAUAUAUGGCCCAAUAUUGGAAAAGGCUCUCAUCUAUAUUGUCGAUAUUUUGCUUUUUUCUCCUGAUGCAAAAGCCCAUCAAGCGUUAUUGGUCCAGUUUGCUUCUAUCACUAGAGCCCAUGGUAUCAUGUUGUCUAAAAAGAAAAUGAUUAUUGGACAGACGCAAAUAGAAUUCCUUGGGAUGAAAUUAUCCAAAGGACAAUAUGAAGCCCAACCACAUAUAGCCCAUAAACUACUCAAAUUCCCAGAUGAAAAUCUCACGAAAGUUCAGGUGCUACAAUUCUUGGGCAUCAUCAAUUACUUACGAGACUUUGUUCCCCGACUGUCUGUACUGACAAGGCCACUCAGCAAUAUGCUCAAAAAGAAUAGUCCAGAAUGGUCACAUGACCAAACUGUGGCAGUCAGAAAGCUGAAGGAAAUCAUGCAAAAUUUACCACCUCUAUAG